ACGGGUCAAAAACUCACUUACCAUGAGAUACAUCAUCUCACCUCCAUGGCCUCUCCUCCUUCUCCUUCUCCUCUCUUCUUUCACCUCCGGCGAAUCCUCUCCGUCCGUAGAAAAAAUCAAAUUCGACACCGGUGGUCUCAGUAGACAGAGUUUUCCUAAAGGAUUCUUGUUUGGAACCGCCACGUCAGCUUAUCAGGUCGAAGGCGAGACUCAUCAAGACGGUCGUGGCCCAAGCAUUUGGGAUGCCUUUGUCAAGAUUCCUGGGACUAUUGCCAAGAAUGCCACGGCUGAGAUAACAGUGGACCAGUAUCACCGUUACAAGGAAGAUGUGGAUUUGAUGAAGAAACUGAACUUUGAUGCUUACAGAUUUUCCAUUUCAUGGUCCAGAAUAUUCCCUGAGGGAAGUGGUAAAGUCAACUGGAAAGGAGUUGCUUAUUACAAUAGAUUGAUUGAUUACUUGGUCCAAAAAGGGAUUACACCUUAUGCAAAUCUGUACCAUUACGAUCUUCCAUUGGCUUUGGAAAAGAAGUACAAAGGCUUGCUUGGUAGACAAGUAGUGAACGAUUUUGCGGAUUAUGCAGAGUUUUGUUUCAAUUUAUUUGGAGAUAGAGUGAAAAAUUGGAUGACGUUCAACGAGCCGCGUGUGGUAGCUGCUUUAGGUUAUGAUAACGGUAUUUUUGCGCCGGGUAGAUGCUCUAAAGCAUUUGGAAAUUGCACUGAAGGAAACUCUGCGACAGAGCCAUACAUUGUUUCUCAUCAUCUUAUCUUAGCCCACGCAGCAGCAGUCCAGAGAUACCGCAAAUAUUACCAAGCGAAACAAAAGGGAAGGAUUGGGAUACUUUUAGAUUUUGUUUGGUACGAGCCGCUUACUAGAAGUAAAGCAGAUAAUCUUGCAGCUCAAAGAGCAAGAGACUUCCAUAUCGGAUGGUUUAUUCACCCAAUAGUAUAUGGAGAGUAUCCAAAGACAAUGCAGAACAUUGUGAAAGAGAGGCUUCCAAAAUUCACGAAGGAAGAAGUGAAAAUGGUGAAAGGUUCCAUAGAUUUUGUGGGAAUAAACCAAUACACGACUUAUUACAUGUCCAAUCCACAUCCCACCACCAAACCUAAGGACUUGGGUUAUCAACAAGAUUGGAAUGUGGAUUUUAGCUUUGCUAAGUUGGGGAAGCCAAUUGGUCCAAGGGCUUACUCGUAUUGGUUAUACAACGUACCAUGGGGAAUGUACAAGGCCUUGAUGUAUAUGAAGGAACGUUACGGCAACCCAACUAUGAUUCUCUCUGAAAACGGUAUGGAUGACCCGGGAAACGUCACUCUAGCUCAAGGACUACACGACACGACGAGAAUCAAGUAUUACAAAGAUUACUUAACCAACCUUAAGAAAGCUAGGGAUGAUGGAGCCAAUGUGGUUGGAUAUUUUGCGUGGUCUUUGCUUGAUAAUUUCGAAUGGUUAUCAGGAUAUACUUCAAGGUUCGGGAUCGUCUAUGUUGAUUACAAAACAUUGAAGAGGUACCCCAAGAUGUCUGCUCAAUGGUUUAAGCAACUUCUGAAACGAAGCAACAAAUGAUCUCAAUGUAUUUAUGGAUGGAUUUAAACUUUUAAGGGUUAAAAAUGAUCGUUGAAGAAAUAAGGGGGCCGAUUUAGUAUUGUAUCUUGAACUCUCUCCUUCUUCAGUCCUUUGCCUUUUCAACGCAAAUAAAACAUGUUUAAGCAGCAAUAAAUUUGCAUUAUGAAC